UGUAAGUGUUUACAAUGGAAACAACAAAUUGGGAUUAAUUAAUUUGAUUUCUUUUCACUAAUUGUGAUUUUAAUUAUUCUUUUUCUUUGACAUUUCAAUUAAGAUUUUGAUGUUCUACUGAUUUUUAUCACUAAGGAUGAUCUUUUCUUUGUGGCGGCCAUUUGCUUUCAAUAGAUUUUUAUUAAACAAGUUAUCUCAUUCAGUUUCUUUUUCAACUACAAAUCGAUUGGAUUCGGUUAGUUCACCAAAUUUGUCGGUUAAUGUUGACCCAGAGAGAAAUGUUUCUCAUUCAGAGCCGAUGAUUAUUGAUCCAUUAGAUGUACCGGAUUAUUUUGAUGUUCAUUCACUGGUUUCAUUGAGGAAACUUUUUGAUUCUCGAGCUCACCUUGGACAUAAAGAUGGUUCAACUAAUGAGUAUAUGACCAGUUACUUGUAUGGUUCACGAUUAGGUGUUACAAUCAUUGAUUUAAACCAAACGGUUGCCCGUCUAAAGGAUGCAUUGAAUUUCACUGCUCACAUAGCAUUUAGAGGAGGUGUUAUACUGUUUGUUUCUAAUCAUAAAGAGACUGGUCAAUAUGUUGAAAAAGUAGCCAAAGAGUGUAAUGAAUAUGCUCAUUGUCGUCAUUAUCAAACUUCAACCUUAACAAGAUCGAGAAAUUUUUUUGGUAAAGUUAUGAGGUUACCUGAUUUAUGCAUUUUCUUGUCUACUUUUAAUAAUGUUUUCCUUGAGCAUGAUGGAAUCAGAGAUUGUGCCAAAAUGUUUAUCCCAAGUGUAGCAAUUUGUGAUUCCAAUAGUGAUCCAAGAUUAGUUACCUAUCCAGUACCUGGUAAUGAUGAUACACCAAUGGCAAUUCACCUUUACUGUGACUUAUUUAAAGAAGCAAUUCUCAGAGGCAAAGCAAGGAGAGAAGAAAUUUUGAAAGAAAUAUCAGCAGAAAGCAAGGAAUCAUUUGGUGAUGAAUAGAAAACCAUCAGCGAGACAAUUAAAUUAAAAAAAACAACAUAACACAAAACAACUUCCUUCACAGUCUCAAAACCCCAAGAGAAAAUAAGUAAAACCCAAAUCUAAAUCUAAAUAGUAGAACAAUUAAUUUAACAUUUAAUGUAAAUAUCUAUCAGUUUGUAUCAUCAUCAAGAAGACAAAAUAAAUGAAAGUUAAUCAAAA